AUUUGGUCACAUUCUUCUUCACUUUGGUCGGUCAGAAAAUUGUGUAUUCGAAUGUACUUGUAAAAUGCAAAUAACUUUUCUUUAGGGCAAUUAUAAUAAACCAAGACAAUAUAGAAAUACAAGUUUAGUGUUAAGUUCGAUUUUUUAAAACUCUUCGAAAUAAAACUAAGCGGUGUGCAUUUUGUGUACAUAUGUAUGUAAGCUUCUCAUGCAUACAUUCAUACUUAAAACUCCAGUGUUGACAAAAUAUCUAAAUGAUUGCACCAAGGGAUUACUAUUUUCAUUAUAAUAUAAUAUUUAAUGUGUGACAAACACAUACAAAAAAACAUAAAUCAUAUACAAAAACGAUUUUAAAUUUAUUCAUACCAUACAACCAAAUGUGUAUGGACGUCUGCUUCACAAAUUGUAAUAUCGACAAUUAUUCGAAAUCAUAUUAUAUAUUACUUUGGAAAAUACUUCUGAUUUAAAAGAAAUGCAUGAUGUGACAGACAGGAACGCUAGCCUGAGCUAAAACAUUUUGACUGGAAAACAAACUUUGAAGUAUAAUACAUUAAAGAAUGAGAUCUUCUGUAAUUGUAUUUCAUUGGUAUGUCGGAGAUAAAUAAUAACAUCUAUAACUGAAAAGCCGAAAUAUAAAAAAUGUAUUAAAGAUUGUUAAACUAAAUGCUAAUAAUAAUGACUAAUAAAAAUAUGUUUUGAUAUUCAAGUAAUAUUAAACAUAAAAAAUAUCUUAAAACUACAACAAAUGAAUAUGUAUAAUUUAAAAACAAAAGUCCUCUACGAGUUACGACGUUAUUUUAAGCUCUGAAAUUAUAUCAAUAAACAGUAAAUUGUUAUUUGAAGGGAAAACCCAUUAUAGAAUUUCUUUUAACAAGAUUCUGCAAAGAUAUAAAAUAUAUAAAAUAAAACUAAACCCAGCUAAAAUAGGUUCUUACUGUUUAUAACCAAUAUUUCGAAAUUUAAUAAAUAAUAGGCGCAGUAGUCGCAGUAUGGUUGGUCCACAGCAAAAACAUAAUCAAAUUGAAUUAUCUGAACCACACAAGUUAAGCAAAAAUACCAUAUGUAAGGGUGAAAAUAAUUUUAGCACAAUUCCUGUGGAAGAAAUACAAAUCGCAGAAGCACUUACAUCGCCAAUAUCACUACCUCAGCUUAAAAUUCAGAUGAUUAACCCAAGUUCUACCCAGACUGGUAUCACUCAAACUAAUUCUCAUAACUCAAUUCAUCAUCCACUUCGGGACAGUGGACUGCAAUAUUACAAUAGUAGUUAUGGAUCGAUGGUUCAUGGUAGUAACGAAGACUUGCAACAGCAGCCAUCAAAUAAGUUUUCCAAUUACACUGCAGAUAUCAAGAAAAUAUCCACUUCCGAUGAUGGUGAGGUUAUGGGGUCUAUUCAAGCAAUAUCUCUGCCUAAUGUAACUACAGUUUCAAAAAAAACAGAGGUUCCCGGCAUAUAUUUAGCUUCGAUUUCAAAAUCGGAACCCGAAUGUGAAUCGCUAGUUUUGUUCAAAGAAACUGCAGUAUUGGAAAAUGAUUCUUUUCCAUUUCACGAGCAAAUUAUAAUGUCUGGGCAACAAAAAAGCGAGUUGCAAGAGAAACCAAAAAUUCUCGUUGUUUCCCCACAACAAGUAAUGAUUUUAUACAUGCACAAGCUGACUCCCUACGAGCGCACGGAAAUACUCGCCUAUCCCCAGAUAUAUUUUAUUGGUGCAAAUGCAAAGAAAAGGCCAGGAGUCUACGGUCCAAAUAAUUCUGAUUAUGAUAAUGAGCAAGGUGCUUAUAUUCAUGUACCUCAUGAUCACGUGGCAUAUCGGUAUGAAAUGCUCAAAAUAAUCGGCAAGGGCAGCUUUGGACAGGUGAUUAAAGCGUAUGAUCAUAAAACUCAUGAGCACGUUGCCCUAAAAAUAGUGCGAAACGAAAAGCGGUUUCACCGUCAGGCACAAGAGGAAAUUCGCAUUCUUCAUCAUUUACGUCGCCAUGAUAAAUACAACACUAUGAAUAUAAUACAUAUGUUUGACUAUUUUACAUUUCGCAAUCAUACUUGCAUUACAUUUGAGCUGCUUAGCAUCAAUCUGUACGAAUUAAUUAAAAAAAAUGGAUUCAAGGGCUUCAGUUUGCAGCUGGUACGGAAGUUUGCACACUCUCUCCUUCAAUGUUUGGAUGCACUCUAUAAAAAUGACAUUAUUCAUUGCGAUAUGAAACCAGAAAAUGUUUUAUUAAAACAGCAGGGUCGUUCUGGUAUAAAGGUAAUUGACUUUGGUUCAUCCUGCUUUGAGAAUCAGCGUAUUUACACAUACAUACAGUCACGAUUUUAUCGCGCCCCAGAGGUAAUUUUGGGAGCGAAAUAUGGCAGAGCUAUUGACAUGUGGUCGUUGGGUUGCAUACUAGCAGAGUUGCUAUCAGGACAUGCUUUGUUUCCUGGUGAAAAUGAAAGCGACCAAUUAGCUUGCAUAAUAGAAGUCUUGGGAAUGCCUAAUAAAAAUAUACUAGCAAACUCAAAGAGGUCAAAAUCCUUUUUUAACCCUAAAGGGUAUCCACGAUACUGUACAGUUCGAACAAUGUCUGAUGGAAUGGUCGUCCUAAUUGGUGGCCAAUCACGUCGAGGUAAGCCUCGUGGCCCUCCAUGCUCAAAGAGUCUAUCAAAAGCUCUGGAUGGAUGCAAAGAUCCACUCUUUCUUAAUUUUAUACGAGGCUGCUUAGAAUGGGAUGCAGACAAACGAUUAACACCUUCCGAGGCUUUAAAGCAUCCAUGGCUUCGCCGUCGCCUACCGAGACCGCCAAGUAGCUCAAGUGGCUGUGGUGGCAUCAGUGGUGCUAGUCUUAGCGGGAACCAAUCUCCAGUACCAGCCCGAAAUAAGGACGUAGUACCCGAAAUAACGCAAUCGUCAACAUCUGCUACAUCUAUAUCUUUAACAAUCAAAAAGGAUAAGAGCCAUUCCAGUCUUCAUCUAAAACAGCUUGGUGUUGGAGAAACGGACUUUAGACUUACUAAAUGCGUUCCAGAGGGAUCAUUAAGUGCAACAAAAGCACCUCUAACGAACGCUGAUAUAUUAGUAGAUAGCUUUAAAAAAACUACAGUUGCGUCACCACAUUUACCUUCAUCGCAUUCAGCUGACUCCGGUGGAGUAAGUGUUUUGACUGCGGUGGACGUUGGAGCAGCGAGAUAUUAUGCACCCACACUUUCAUACUUACCGCAAAUGAAAAAUAAUGAAAAUAACCGAUUAUUAAAGUUCUCUGGUUCGUUGAAUAGCUCAGCAAAUUCAUUGACACAAUUGGAGCAAGUUUCAAGCCUAGAUGUCUUAGGAGAAUACUCGGCUUCAACCACACCAAAUUUACCUGCAGAUACUAGCUACGCAUUCGAUUCAAGGACCGUGGCCAUAGAUAGUGCACAAGAAUCAUUGGUUAAUCUAACUAGCUCGUACGCAAUUGACAAAUCUAUUGAGAUAAUCGAAAAAUCCAAUUUGUCGCUUCAUUCGAAUAAGUUAACAUUACAGUCAAAUGAUAUGUAGCUAAUUUUUGACAAUACACAACACGCCAUUCAAGAGAUUAGAUGCAGCAAAUUAUUUUGUUUUCUGAUAAAAGGACAACGCACUGCCAUACAAGUGAUAAGCUGAAUACGUCUUGGCCCUUAUUUGCAUUGCUCUAGUAUUGGAAUGAAGAGAUCUCACAAAAUAAAAUUAAAAAUAAGGCAUUUUAAAUACAAAAAAACCGUGUACGCGUUAUUUGAGUAAAGCUUAAAGAAAUUGUUAGAAAAUUUUGUUUAAUGUUGUCAACUUUAUUUCAUCCUAAUAAAAAGCCUGAUACCGGAUUGUAAACUUAA